AUGAGGAACUGUGAAGAGAGGGUAAAGAAACUCAAAUUUCACAAAAAAACGCUAGCACACACAAACGUUCAAGUAGCACAAAAGUACCUCAAGGGACACAGAACUAGAAUAUAUUGUGGGAAUGAGGAAACAAUAAGGGGAAUUUGUGUCCUGCUGAAAGGGGAGCAGAUAGACAAGAACGCGAGAAUUAAGACCACUAGACUCUACAUUGAUGAUCGUUACAGCGCUAAAUUUAAAAUAUCCCCGUUAAGCCUCACAAUGGCAAUUUUGACAUUAAAAGCGCAACGCAACUCAGUCUCUCCGGCGAAAACGGAAAUCCGAAUUGGCUAA